AUGUUGGAUCCGGUAACAGCCAUCGGUCUUGCGUCAUCUAUUGUCGCCUUCGUUGACUUCAGUGCAAAGCUCGUAAAAGGGUCGAUCGAGAUCUAUCAGGCUAGUGAUGGCACCCUAACAGAGAACCGCAACAGUCAGGCGGUCGCGGGCGCAAUGGAAAGAUUCGCCGCUCGGCUCGUGAUUGAGCAACCCUCACAGCUAUUCGGUGAAGAAAAAGAACUCGUUGAUCUCGCAAAAAACUGCCAUGUUGUCUGCUUGGAGCUACUCAAUUUGUUGGGGCGAAUCAAGCCGAAGGACUUGUCUUCCAAAAGGCAGAGCCUAUGGGCAGCAUUGAAGAACAGAUUUCACGAGGGCGAGCGGAAAGAGCUCGAAAACAGACUCGAUACUUAUCGCCGCCAGCUGGAGCUUCACAUGAACUUCAAAACCAUGAUCUCCGUUGACAAGCUUUCUCAGUACGUUGCAGAGCAUAGCGAGAGUCUAAAUCCACUAAAGGCUACUGUAUCGGAGCUAUCAGCGAUUAGCAUCGAUACCCAUGAGUCAAUCCGUCAGUUAUUGAACACACAAAAAGCAGUGCUCCAUGCUAGUAUUACCAAACAAAUUUUGAAAAGCCUAAAGCACGACGACAUGGAUAAAAGGCAUGACAUGAUAGAAGACGCUCAUGAGAAGACGUUUCAGUGGAUUUUUGAUAUCGACGACGGAGCCGCUCGGAAUGACCAGGCAGGGUCUUUUUCUCCUGCUCCGGACGGUUGGGAUAGCGUUGACACACUUGGCUCUAAUGAUUCAGAUGCUUCUAGGACAAAUGAGGAAAUACAGAUGCGACAGGAAUCACGAGAAAAGUUCCUUACGUGGCUUUCAGCUGGAACAGGAAUCUUUCACAUAUCAGGGAAGAUGGGCUGCGGCAAAUCGACCCUGAUGAAAUUCUUAAGUCAUCACCCGGGAACACGAACACGACUGGAUGAGUGGGCGAGUGGAAAUCAGCUUGUGUUAGCAAGCUUCUUCUUUUGGCGACCAGGCUCAGACGAUCAAAAAUCACUGGACGGUUUAUACCGUUCCCUGCUGCACAGUGUGCUCAAACACCAUCAUGACUUGAUACCCAGAAUUUUCCCUAGAGCAUGGAGAGAAGCGAAAGAAAGAUCUUGGACAACACAGACGGAACUAACCCUCUUAGGAGAUGAUAUCAGUGAAGCGUUCGACCUUCUUGUUCGUAGCGAGAACGUAUGCGCCGACUACAGUUUCUGCUUCUUUGUGGACGGCUUGGACGAAUAUCAAAUCAGAACACAAGCCGACCAUAUGGACCUCGUCGAACGGCUGCAUAGCUGGACUACCGCCUUCCCUUCGAAUGUUAAGCUUUGUGUUUCAAGCCGAGAGGAGCAUCCUUUCAUGGAAUCGUUUGCAGAAGCCCAGAGACUACGGCUUCACACUUUAACACAAUACGAUAUCAUGGCAUAUAUUCUGGACAGGCUUCCCAGUUCUGAAACCCCAAGGCUCAGGCCGGCGUUGGCGAAGUACAUUAUCAAAAAGGCUAGCGGCGUCUUCUUUUGGGUAGCACUCGUCGUCAGAAACGUUCGUGGUCAGUGGUACUUCGAGCUCAAGCCUGCUAGGCUCCGCAAAAUUGUCCGUGAAUUUCCGAGCGAAUUGGACGACCUUUACCGACAUAUACUAAAGAAACUCCACAAAAGCAGUCGCAAAAUGGCAUAUCAGACACUCGCUAUGCUCCCCUUUGUGAAUGGUUCGGAUACUUCCAUUAAUCUGGACUUACUGGCGUACUCUUUCCUAGAGGAAUACGACCUAAACGAAAGGUUUGCCAGGGAAGAUAAAUUCGAACCAGAACUAUCAGAAGAACAAAAGGAGGAAAGGCGGCAGAUCGCCCGGACUAUGCUGAGCGCUUGGUGUGGGGGGCUAGUUGAAUUCGAUCGCUGGGGGGAUAUUGGUUACGCUCAUCGGUCUGUGGCAGACUUCCUCGGAGCUGAUGACAUCCAACAGCAAAUGGCCACCUCUUUGAAUGGUACCCACCCUGUCAGUAUUCUUUCAGAGCUUAUGCUGGCAAGAUGGAAAAUUCAAGGCAGUGACGGUGAUUGGCGACCGGGGGGGUCCCCAUAUGAUCUUAUGGUGUUACGUGAAGAGCAUCAUCUCGAUCACGAACCAUUCGAAUUUCUACGCAGUAUGGAUACCAUCUUUGAGCCGGAGCUUAAACGUGUUGAUGACUCGACCCUCGAUAGCCGCAUUGGAGUCUGGACACGCGGAUAUACUUAUAACAUCGCAUCGAGACAGGUCAAGGGUGUACUGGGCGUGCCGAGUGUUCUUGGAUCCAAAGGCGACGUUCACCUGUCCUUCGCACCCCUCUUUUUCCCAUACCAUGAGACAAAUGACUACGUCUUAUGGAGCAUUGAGAACGACCCUAGAACGACAAAUACUCCAUCAAAGGCUGUGCUACUGUUCUAUGCUUCUAUCCUCACGCCCACUUAUCCAGUUUUAGAAAUUCUCCUGAACCUCAACAUCAUCAGACCUGAAAUGCGAACUCAUCUGAUGCCGUUUAUUCCCCCACUCCUGUUGAAAGAAACAUGCAUUUCUAGCGCAGUCGGUGAGAGCCAUUCGAUUUGGCAAUACUUCCUCGUUAAAGAGUUUUAUACCUGGCUAGACGAUGAGAGAUACGAUUUAAAUCAUCGUUAUGUUGGUAUAGUGGAGCGCUUCCUUCGAAUCGGUGCUGACCACCGCUUUCGAUUUUCAAUCCUGGUCGUUCAGUGGCCAACUGCGGCAGGUAUAAACCCCGAAACGGAAGAUACCUUUACUUUUGGCGACCCCAGUGAGCCAGAGACCCUGUCUUUCAGGCGUAAAUGGCAAUUCAGCGUCAAUGAUAGGUUGGAAACUCAGAAGACUCCUGUUAACCCUGCUGGUUUUGACAGCACUUUUUCCAAGUUACGAACCUGGCUAUGCGAGGCGAAUGGGCCUCGUCGCGAGAUAUCGUUCACAGGGUGGAUCAGAGCGAUGAGUGAUUUCCCAGGCAGAGAUGAUGUGCUUCAACUCCUGGAGGAGAGGGAUCACAACUUGCAGCGUGUUCAAAACAAUCAAGUCAUCACGGUACAAAGUCCGUUGGAGGACCAGAGCGUCGACACAAUUAAAACGGCAGGCAAAACAGAACGUGGUACACUUUGUGGAGAGCCAACAGUGCUCUCAGAGAAAAGGAUAACCUUUAAUUGGGUAUACUUGACCGGUAUUAUCCUAGGUAAGUUAUUUAGAAAUAGAAACCAGUUUGCUUCUACGUCAAAGAGCUAA